AUGAUUGACGAGCUGGCUGCGGAAAACAGAAACCUUCGAGAGAAAGUGAGCAGUCUAGAGAUGCGUAUUGACGACUUGGAACAAUACUCUAGAGUCAAUUCUGUGGAGAUACAUGGCAUCCUUCAACAGAAGAACGAAGACGUAGUGGCGGUCGUAAAGGAAGUUGGAAAGGCGCUCGACUUGGAGAUCACGGACUCGAUGAUUGACAACUGUCAUCGCUUGGGAAGGAGACCUGGCCCGAACAGUCCGCAACCAGGAAUUGUGGUCAAAUUCGUUCGACGUCUGGACAAAGAGGAACUGCUGAGGAAGUGCCGUGUUAAGAGCAACUUCUCCACCAGACACAUGAACCUCAGCAUGGACCAGCCCAUUUAUAUAAAUGAGGCUCUAUCACAGGCGAGAAGGCGUCUGCUAGCGGCGGCGCGACAAGUCAAGAAAGAAAAGAGCUUCAAGUAUCUCUGGGUUCGAGGUGGAAAACUUUUUCUUAGAAAGGAAGAGAUGGCGCCAGUGUUUCAGGUGACUUGCCAGGCGGACUUGGAUAGGUUUUAG